UAAGUACUUUACACCACUGGUGACCCACUAUUUGAUGUUGUGCACAUGUUGACUUUAAAACGACUUAAUCCCAGCUCAUGGCAUGUUUUGCCAUAGGAUUGGCUCCUGAACUGAACACACAAUCUUUGCAAAGCACAUUGCUAGGCACUUUGAUGUGGAGCAGUACAUAAAUGUCAAGAAAAGCCAGAUAUGCACUUUAAUCUUGUAAAUAAGAUUACCGCUAGCCAAGGUGCUCUCUAACCAUCUUAGUGGCCAAUGAGUCAAGGAUGAUAACAGGUCUUCUACAGCGACGCCUGUUGAUAAGGCAGAGCAAACUUGUCUUUACCCUCAGUGUCUAGCUGUAACUGAAUAGUAUAUGCUGUAUGUGUCUGGAUGUAAGAUAACAGUAUUAUUAAUGUGUUAAUUACACUAUUAGGUAUAAAACACCAUAAAUGCCCAAUAGAGUACAGUAGAAGGAGCUUAUUGUUGUUGACAGCAACAGACCCCUAAGCAGUGCAGUAAGCAAGUUCUGAUCCACAAAUAAGGAUAGAGUCCCAUGGGUCCAAUAACAAAAAUACCUCCACAUGCAAGUGACACAUUCAAAAUGAAAGCAAAACCAUAUCUGGUGUCUGUAUGUGCCAUUCUAAAGUUCACAUUAACUGAGCUCGGCAAGGCAAUGUAGUGGUUUCCUUUUGUGGGUGCAUGAAAAAGUUAGUCAGUUUCCUCAGCAAACUUGAUUUGAUGUGUGCUUUACUGAAAUUCUACAUACUGUAACUGGCUCAUACUUCUUACUGCAUUAUUAGAUCACAAACCCAAUAGGCUAUGUUUCCAUGUAGGCCUAAAUAUGUACAGUCAGUUUAAUAGUUGUGUGCUAAAUCAGCCAUUUUUCUGUCUAAAUUAGGCAAUGUGAGUGUAGUAGGUUACAUGCAGGUCUCUGACCUAGACCUAAUGGACGUGUAGCCAGCGGAAUCCUCCAGAGUUCUAACAUGAAUGACAUGUCAUCUGAACUUCUUUGGAAAUUUCUGCUUUGUCCAUGAAAAGAGUUUGCCACUGCAGCUUUGAUUCAAACAGGCCAUGGCAGGGCAAACUACACAUCAUGGGGCAUAUUUUACAUUAAUUACCAAUCUGAUUUAACUGAAAACAGAGAAUCAUUUAUUUGAUCUUAACCACAAGUUAUGUAGAAAAUAACAUCCAAUGACAUUUAGACCUAGCGUCCUUUGCUCGUUUUUCUGAAUUGUACUGUUUUGCCAUGUUGCUAAAGGGUGUAAUUUAAUUUAGUAUGACCUUACACACAAGUCUGAUGAAUUUCUUCAAAGACUCUUGUUUCAUACAAUUUAGGUCUCCUAAAGGUUGUUUAUGAGUCUUCGCACAUUUUGACAUUUUGCUUUCUAGUGCCUGCUUUGAGCUCACCAUGAUGGGUCAAAGCCCUCAAAUGGGUAUGUAAGCAUUUUAAGGCUCAGGUCUGGGGUAAAUUUCCUUCAUAGGGUUUGUGUUGGCUUAGAGGGGAGCAAAGGCCACAGGGGCUCUGGACCGGUGCAUGGCACAGGCUGGGUGGAGGGUGGCAGAGUCAGGAGGAGAGGGGCAGAGUGAGUAGAGACCGCCUGGGCUCAGAGUACAGUGCUAUCCCCUCUGAGGUGAACAGGCCUUGGGCCCCGGGGAGAGAGCAAUGGACCUCUCAGUAUGGUGCCCUGGUCCAAGAGACUCAGUGGAGAACCAGGACUCACAUCUCCAGGACACAAAGUCCUCCUGGACUCUGGUAGACACCAUGAACUACGUGGGCCAGCUGGCAGGCCAGGUGUUGGUGACAGUGAAGGAGCUGUAUAAGGGCAUUAACCAGGCCACACUGUCAGGCUGCAUCGACGUGGUGGUGGUCAGACAGCCUGACGGGACCUUCCACUGCUCCCCCUUCCAUGUACGCUUCGGGAAACUGGGAGUGCUGCGCUCCAAGGAGAAAGUGAUUGACAUUGAGAUCAAUGGAGAACCAGUGGAGUUGCACAUGAAGCUGGGGGACAACGGAGAGGCCUUCUUUGUUCAGGAAACCGAGCAGCAUAAUGAGAUAAUCCCUGCCCACCUUGUGACGUCGCCAAUCCCCACAGAGGAGGCUCUGGGGAGGGGCAGAGAGUCCAGAGCUGGGGAGUCGGGCCUGGAGGGUGGGCUGCAGCCGCCCCAGGGGGACUCACAAAACCCAGCCUCCUCCACCCCCCUCCUUCCCUCCAGCACCACAGCAGGGAAGAAGAAGAAGAGACGUAGGAAGAAGCACAAAGCAGACCCCCGGAAGGAGGAGCAACAGGCCUCCACUGCUGGUGGUGAGGAGGUCUGUGAACUGAGCUCAGACGAGGAGCACGGUACACAAAACAACGGCAGGGCUCCCUUGUUCUCUACAGUGAAGGACACAGUGGAACACAGGCAGCACCCCACCCUCCACUCCUUGGACAGCUACCCCUUCUCUGAUGGAGACUGGUCUCCCAGCGACAGCCACAGAUCCCUGUCAGAGCCCAUGUCUCCAAAGAGCGACUCGGAGCUGAUGGUGAAGUUAUCAGAAAGCAUGCUCAGAGCAGAGUCACACAUGCAGUGGUCCUGGGGAGAGUUCCCAGAAUCCACCAGGGUCAGUAAGAAAGAGCCCUCGGAGCUGCCUAAGACGAUGACUAUCACCCCGUCAGAGAGCACACACUUCAGGGUCAUCCUCAGCUCUGAGGCCAUGGAGGUGGAGGCUGGGGGCCUGCACACCUCUCUGGACCCGGUGUGUGGACCUGCCAUCGUCAAACCAGAGCCCCGGACCCCCAAACAAAAUACCCUCAGCUCAAAACACCACUCACCCGACUCUCUAUCGGAACCCCAACAUCCCCCCAAACCUAUUCAUGACCAUUGCCCACCCCAACCUGAACCGUGUCCCCUCAAACCAGAACCAGGUGCUCUAACGUCGGAGCCCAGUCCAGACCUCUGUAUCCCGUCCAAGCCUGAACGGAGGGGCACUUGGACUUGGACUCCUCCCAGUGUGCUUGAUUCCAGCCAGAAGGACAGUGGCUCUACUGCCGGUGGGGCCAGUUGCAUGGCCGGGGACCUGGGGUCCAUCGGCUCCAAGACUGACUCCCCCUCCAAGAGGAGAGGUGUGAGGAAGAGGAGUCAGCACCAGGGGCCUGAGGAUAUCUACCUGGACGACCUGAAUGCUAUGGAGCCUGACGUCGUUGCGCGCUACUUAGCUCCCAAGAGUGAGUCCGAGACCAUCCCUAAGCACUGGGUGGAGGUUGGCCGGUGCGAUGGGUCCCAGUCUCCCCAGUCUGUGGGCAGUGCAGCGGCCGACAGCGGGACAGAGUGUCUGUCUGACUCGGCUGGGGAUCUACCAGACAUCACCCUGUCUCUCUGUGGAGGGGUCGGAGAGAACUCUGAAAUAUCCAAAGAGAAAUUCAUGGAGCACAUCAUCACAUAUCAUGAAUUUGCUGAAAAUCCAGCAAUCAUCGACAAUCCCAAUUUGGUUGUUAGAAUUUCAAACCGAUAUUACAACUGGACAUUGGCAGCUCCAUUGAUACUAAGUUUGCAAGCUUUCCAGAAGAACCUGCCCAAGGCCACAGAGGAGGCGUGGGUGAAAGAGAAGAUGCCUAAGAAGUCCGGCCGCUGGUGGUUCUGGAGGAAGAGCAGCGUCAAACAGUCUUCAGAGGCCAAGAUGGACAGACACGAGUCCCAACACAGAGACACAGAGAGCCAUGUCCUCGAUCAACAGAUUCCAGCAGUGCCACAGCAGAAAGCAGCAGAAGACUCCUCCAGCGAUGAAGAAUCGAAAGAGCUCAACACAGUGGCACCUACUGAGCACAUGCACACAGAGCUAUCUGCACCAACUGGCUCGCACUCCUACAUGAAGUCUCUCCGCCUCUCGUCUGACCAGAUAGUCAGUCUGAAGCUGAGGGAGGGGCCUAAUGACGUCACUUUUAGCAUCACCACCCAGUACCAGGGGACGUGUCGCUGCGAGGGCACCAUCUACCUGUGGAACUGGGAUGACAAAGUCAUCAUCUCUGACAUCGACGGCACCAUCACCAAGUCUGACGUGUUUGGCCAAAUUCUCCCUCAGCUCGGGAAAGACUGGACUCAUCAAGGCAUCGCUAAGCUCUACCACUCAGUGCAUGAGAAUGGCUACAAAUUCCUGUACUGUUCGGCGCGGGCAAUCGGCAUGGCAGACAUGACCAGAGGGUACCUGUACUGGGUGAACGAUCGGGGAACCAUCCUGCCUCGAGGACCCCUCAUGCUGUCCCCUAGCAGCCUCUUUUCUGCUUUUCACAGGGAGGUGAUUGAAAAGAAGCCAGAGAAGUUCAAGAUUGAAUGCCUAACAGACAUCAAGAACCUCUUCUACCCAAACACACAUCCCUUCUACGCAGCCUUUGGGAACAGAGCAAAUGAUGUGUUUGCCUACAAGCAAGUGGGUGUCCCAGUGUGUCGGAUAUUCACAGUCAACCCCAAAGGAGAGCUCAUCCUAGAGCAAACGAAAGGCAAUAAGACUUCCUACGGCCGACUGAGUGAACUGGUGGAGCACGUGUUCCCUUUACGCAGUAAGGAGCAGAGCGCCACCUUCAGUUUCCCAGAAUUCAGUUCUUUCUGCUUCUGGAGACAGCCAAUCGCUGAGGUCUGCCUUGAGGAGCUGCUCUGAAACAACCAAUCACUGAAGUGCGUCUUGAGGAGCUGCUCUGAUUCUGAUUGGACAGUUCCCACAGCUGUGGUAUUAUCAGGUAUUAAGGCGAUAACCAACAGACACUUCGGGUACGGUCGAUGCACUUUGUGUCUUUUGGACGGGAAAGAAAUCACUUGAAAUCAACUGUAUUCGUUGGAAUCGAUGUAAGCAAUAUUUUGUAUUGCUUAAUAAUUGUAUGGGUCUUCCAAUGAUGAUUGCUUGUACUGCCUUAACUCAUGACUAUACUAUGUGUCUACUGAUGCUGAAUUAUAUUCCAUUGUUUAGUGCUCCACAGGUUUAAUAGAAUUUCGUUGAUAUAUCAGUAAGAACUGCGUCACAUGAUCGAUUUAGGCAUACUUUCCAAUACAGACUGUACAGCCUUUUUACAGUACAAUGUGAAGAGAAAGAAGACGGGCGUAGUCGUAAGGUUAGUUAGUUAUUUGGCUUGAGUGAUAAUGCACUCCCUAUGUUGGAGUGUCCUGCUGUUUGGGAAGGCCUUACGUUAUAGUGUAUGCAUGCUAUGCUAAGUUUGAACUAAGGGCUCUCUUCAAGCCGUGUCACGAAGGUUCAGCGUUACGGCGUGAUUUGAAAUUGAAAGGCAACCUUCCCGCGUUAGCGGAGACGACUGCAUUCACGUUAAACGCCGCAAAUGUCGGCCCAAUCGGAAGUUACCUUUACAUUUAUUUAGCGGAAUCUGUAACGCUUCAGCGAUACAGAUUGAGUCGAUCGCUAAUAUGUUGCACAGAGCUGCCAGUGGAACUGGCACUAGUCUUAGAUACACGCAUACUGUAUGAUAAUAGAUUGAUUUAAGUGAUCUGAGCAGGCGAUGUUUUAGACAUACAUACAGAUGGCUGCAGUGAGGUUUAAGGCGAUGGAAGGCCUUUCUAAAGUGUUGAUGCUGCUGACACACAGGGCACACAGCACUGGAGCCUUUGGAUGGAGACAGACUAAUAUGCACUGAAAGCACAAUUCUAUGUUUUAGCAGACGUUUUAUGGGUUACCUUUGACAAUGUUUGUGUUAUGAAAUGAAUGCUUCUUUAUGGGAUAUAUUUCUAUUGUUAUAGCUUGGGUUUGUCUCGUAUAUUUUGAAGUAUUACACCGUUGUAUUUGAUGACGUUCGGAGAUGUUGCAGAGUUCCUCAGUAACAAAGGCAUUCUUUCUAUGAAAGUGAUAUUUUGUGUGGAGAGUACACACGUCUCAACGCGCUGGUAUUUGUUGUGUUUUUCAGUAACUGCUUUGAUAGUUUUCAGUGUAUCUAUUAAGAGAUUAAUUUGACAGUUCACACACUCUCCAAUCUUAAAUGCCUUCACUGUUACUUGAUUAAGUGUUUUUUUUUGAGUGUCACUAUAUACAUUGAAGUGUAUGUUUGGGAUAUGAAUGUUUAGCAACAAAAACAAAAAGAAAGAUAAAAUCUAUGAUUCCAUGCAGAUGUUUUCUAUGCUUAUUUCAGAAACUUGUUUUGGGAAAGGAGGGUGUAACUUUUGGAACAUCAUAAACAUCUUUUCACAUGCCAACAA